UACAUAUCAUCAGUAUCACUUCAUGUGCGUAUACACAGAGGGUCUGCUCUAACUGAGUGACACGGAUGUGACCUGUUUUGAGAGCUCAUAAGACAUUGCAUCUUUGCUCUGAUGUACCGUCCGCGUUCUGACCACAUCCUGCUGGUCCUAUGCCUCCUGUUUCUGCUCUGUGUCCAUGGCAACGCUCAAGACCAAGGCCCUACAUGUGAGGUGCGAGUGAAAAGAAACACCAUUUGGAAUGCUGUCCCUCAGAAAGCCCUAACAAUCAACUGCCCUGUGAGACACUGUGGAGAAAAGCUACACGCCACCUGGUGUAGAUUUGUGGAUCUAUUAAACUGCGAACAGAUACAUGAGACAGAGCAAGUCACAUUUGGAUGGAGGCAAAAAUAUAUUUUGAUUUUGAAUUUUAAAAAGAUAUCUAUCAAUGACGAUGGUUUGUACAGAUGUGGAGUUGCUGAAAAUGGGUCAACAACUGUUAGCCAUGCUAUCAAAGUCUCUGUCUCAGAUAGCAACCUGGAGAUUACAAGCACAGCAGACCACAACACAAAUGACUCAACGGGUGCAAGGCGUGAUAGGAAUGAUCCAAGUUUCAUGCCUUAUGUUUACAUCUGUGUGGGAAUAGUAGUCCUGGUGGUCAUUGUGACAGCAUUUUCUUUCGUCUGUCUACAUGCAUAUAAAGGACCCAGCAGGUCAACAGAAAAUAGAACAAAGAAGCAGGAGAUGUCCACACUGGCAGCACCAUGUCCAGACCUCUCCUUCAACCCGAGGGAACCUUUCCAUCAUCACCAUCCACCCCAAACCCCAUACAGCCUGCCAAUCUCUAUGACAACGGUCUCUACUGUAACCACAUCAAUGGGGAAAAUGGAGCUCUACCAUCCUCCAACAACAGAGCAGGAGGUCAAGUGUCAAGCCACCUUGUGUAUGCUUCCCUGAACCACGAGACCACCAGGGGGUCCCUGAGAUCACCCCAUAUUCCGACCCCGCAGGAUACGUUCUCUGAAUACGCAGCCAUCCGGGUCUACUCAGCACUGAGAGAGACCUCAGCCAGACCCUAACAGUACAGUGCUGUAAGUUGUGUUCUUUGAUGGUUGUUUUCACACAGAGGAAGAGGAAAGCUGAACAUUUUUGUUUAUGAAAAUUUGACUCAUCGGGGGAUCUGUUUUCAUAUUAUAUUUUUGGGGGGCACUUUAUAUAAUUGUCACGCACUCAAUGACACACACUUCCUGGUGUAAUUGCAACGGUGAGCAAUGUGUUAACCGCAGUGCAGCAGUGUUUCAGAGAAGAAGAUGUAAAGGUGGAGGGUGACUGAGAGCAUGUGCUUCUGAGUGAACAUCCUUCACAUCACACCUCAGAGUUAGAGGAGCAAAGGUGUCGGUAACACUCACUUCAAGAUAUUUCACACAUAAUGAUGGGAAAACCAUCAUUUGUUAAUUACUAUCAAGAAAUACAUGGUAUAUUCAAAAGUAAGUGGACACCCAUUCAAAUGAGUGGAUUUGGCUAUUUCAGCCACAAUCAUUGCUAACAGGUGUAUAAAAUUGAGCACACAGCCAUUCAAUCUCCAUAAACAAACACUGUCAGUA